ACAGGUCCUGGUGUGAGGGAAGGCUCACUCGUGCCCUGUGAGAAUUGUACAGGAAUGGCUUCCAAGAGUGAGCUACGGGUCAUUGACUGAAUUCUGCCUUUGAACAGCCUUGAGGAUGAAGUCCACUGGGGUCCUGGUCCUGAUUAGCUUUCUGGUCACAGUCGCAGACUCCAGAGUCUACACUCGCUGUAAACUGGCAAAAAUCUUCUUGAGAGCUGGCCUGGACAACUACGAAGGCUUUGUCCUUGGAAACUGGAUUUGCAUGGCCUACUACGAGAGUCACUACAACACAACAGCUCAAACCACCCUUGAGGAUGGAAGCACUGACUACGGCAUUUUCCAGAUAAAUAGUUUCACAUGGUGCAGAGACAAGACGUUCCAGGAGAAUAACCACUGCCAUGUCGCCUGCUCAGCGUUGCUAACAGAUGACCUCACAGAUGCAAUUAUCUGUGCCAAGAAAAUUGUUAAAGAGACACAAGGGAUGAACUACUGGCAAGGCUGGAAGAAACACUGUGAGGGCCAAGACCUGUCUGAGUGGCAAAAAGGAUGUGAGGUUUCACAAAUGGGAACCGGAGCUCAGUCCCCAUGAUAUGUAAUGAAUGCCAAAUGCUCACG